AUGGCUCCCCCUGUCAGCUGCUUUCUGCUGGCACUGCUGCUUUCUGCCAGCUGUAAAGUCGUCACCUCCUUGGAUCCGAUGUGCAUCGAGAAAGAAGCCAACAAGACAUAUAACUGUGAAAACUUAAGUCUCAGAGAAAUUCCUGACACUCUACCAAACACAACAGAAUUUUUGGAGUUCGGUUUUAAUUUCUUGCCUACAAUCCAAAAUACGACUUUCAGCAGACUCAUAGAUCUUGUCUUUUUGGAUUUAACCAGGUGCCAGAUUAACUGGAUACAUGAAGACACUUUCCAAAGCCAUCACCAACUGAACACAAUUGUGUUGACUGGAAAUCCCCUGAUAUUCAUGGCAGAAACAUCACUCAAUGGGCCCAGGGCACUGAAGCACCUUUUCUUAAUCCAAACUGGAAUAUCCAAUCUCGAGUUUAUCCCAGUGCACAAUCUGGAAAACUUGGAAAGUCUGUAUCUUGGAAGCAACCAUAUUUCCUCCAUGAAGCUCCCGGGAAACUUCCCCACACAGAAUCUGAAGGUUUUGGAUUUUCAGAAUAAUGCUCUACACUACCUCUCUCGCCAAGACAUGGACGCUCUGGCGGUCACCAACCUGAGCCUUAACUUUGAUGGCAAUGACAUUAAAGGCAUUGAUCCUGGGGCUUUCCAUUCAAAAGUCUUCCAAAGUUUGAGAUUUGGAGGGACUCUUGACUUGUCUGUCAUAUUAAAAGGUCUACAGAACUCUACCACUCAGUCUCUCUGGCUGGGGACAUACGAGGAUGCUGAUAGCCAAGACCUCACCCCAGCCAUGCUUGAGGGACUUUGUGACACGUCUGUGGAGAGCCUCAACCUGCAGAUGCACCAUUUCUCUGACCUGUCAUCCACCACAUUCCAGUGCUUCACGCGCCUCCAGGAAUUGGAUCUGACGGCAACUCACUUGGAUGAGCUACCCUCUGGGAUUCAGGGUAUGAACUCUCUCACGAAAUUAGUUCUCAAUGUAAAUAAUUUUAAACAACUGUGUCAAAUCAAUGCUGCCAGUUUCCCAUCCCUUACAGACCUCUAUAUCAAAGGCAACCAGAAGGAACUUGACCUCGGGGCUGGGUGUUUGGAAAAACUAGAAAAUCUUCGGAGACUUGAUUUAAGCCACAAUGUUAUAAAGGUUCCUGACUGCUGCAACCUGCAGCUCAAAAACCUGCACCACUUGCAGUACCUAAACCUGAGCUACUCUGGGUCCAUUGGUCUCGAGAGUGAGGCGUUCCGAGAGUGUCCCGAGCUGGAAGUCCUGGAUUUGGCAUUUACCCACUUGACCAUCGGUGCUCUGCAAAGCACUUUCCAAAACCUCCCUCGUCUGCAGGCUCUGAAUCUCUCUCACUGCCUCCUUGAUGCCAGCAACCAGCACCUUCUAGAGGGCCUGGCGGACCUCCGGCACCUGAAUUUGCAGGGAAAUCGCUUUCAAGGUGGGAGCAUCUCGAAGACCAACCUAUUUCAGACUGUCGGCAGCUUGGAGGUUCUGACUGUUUCCUCCUGUGAGCUCCUCUCCAUAGACCGGGAAGCCUUCCACGGCCUUGGGAGGAUGACUCACCUAGACUUAAGCCACAACAACCUGACGGCAAACAGCCUCGACGCUCUCGGCCCCCUCAAGGGGGUCCACCUCGAUCUGGCCUCCAACAGCAUUCGCGUCAUCCCGCCCCGUCUCCUCCCCUUCUUGUCUCAGCAGAGCACCAUCAAUUUAAGUGACAAUCCUCUGGACUGCACCUGCUCAAAUGUCCAUUUCAUAACGUGGUUCAGAGAAAACCUGCAGAAACUCGAGGCCUCGGAGGAGACGGUGUGCGCAGACCCGCCGGCCGCAAGGGGGGUCAGGCUGGCUGAGGUCGAGCUGUCCUGCGGGAUCACGGCCGUGGGCAUUUUCUUUCUCGUGGUAUUUUUCAUCUUCUUCACUGUUCUCCUUGUUUUUUUAGUUAAAUUCCUUCUGAGGUGGAAAUACCAGCACAUUUAGUGCUGAAGGUUUCUAGAGAUGGCAAAUAAAUGUGUUUAGCACAACUGCCCUGGUAGCUAGUGAGCCAACUUUACAGAUUGGUUCCAGGCGCUGGGUACGGAUUUUUUGUGCUUUUCUGAGCCCCAAAACUAAUGAACCUCCCUGGAAAGUCAAGGAGAGGUAGAUG